AUUAAGGAGCAUAUGAAGUGUAAUUAAUUUACUUUCUUGGAUUUUAUUUCCGUGAGUGGAGUUAUUGACAUUUAAAUUUCUGGUACGUAUACACACACUGCAAACGUAAAAUCGUUAUAUUAUCGAUCAAUCGUAAAUUUCUUUUUGUCCAUUCAGCGCAGUCGGACAGCUUUUAUUUAAAUUUUAAUUUAGCCGUCAAUUUGCUUCGGCAUAUUUCAUAUGAAUCUCGAUGAGGCAUCCACAUCACUUCGAAAAGGAGCCAUGUUUUGGGAGCAGUCUAUUUAUAACUGUCCGUGGCUUUGAGUUUCUAUAUCACUUGAAGUUUGUCUAAAUAGCUAAAUUUAGUUAUAACUUUGCUGUUGGAUAAAUAAUAGCGCACAUUAAUCGUAUGAAGAGGUGGCUAUAACGCAUUAUCGUAAAAAAAAGAACUAGAAAACAAAAAGAUGUUUUUCUGACAUUUUCCUUCAAAUAUUUUUGUGGAAUAUUGAUGGAGAUGGUUCUAUUUUGUAAAGAUUCUUAACACCAUUUAACUACUAUACAUGGGAGGUCUAAGAAGAGGCGAUUAGAGUCAAGUAGGAGAAAUAAAGAACUUUUAACCAAGAAAUCAACAAACACCUGAAUGUAUCUUCCAGCCACCGCCAGUCAGAUGUUAGCCAUGGACAUGUUAGCAUUUGAUAAAAUGUCCAAAUCUAAUCGACGCAAGCAAAGCAAACCAAUACGGGUAUCAUACAGUGCCGAAAAUGACCCCACGGCUGAGGGAGGUGCCCCAUUUCCCAAUAAUGGACAGUCUGAAGAAGUUGUCAAUGGACAUACUGAAGGGCAAAAUGUUUCUGAUUCAGAAAUGGAAGAGCAGUUGCCAGUGGGAAAAGUCAAUGGCGGAAACCCCCAUCUUAAUUCUGAUAAAAACAUGGAUUCUCCAGAUGGCGAGAAAAUGGUACUGGAUCCCAAGGAAAACAACAAUGAAAACUUUCCCACAAAAUAUCAUCGCCUAGGAAGUGAGUUGUUUGCAGGGAAUGCAUUCCCUGAAAAUGUGAAAGUCAAAGAAGAGCGAAGUAUUGAGCAGGAAGAGGGAUCCCCAAAAGAGGUCAACCCUGAUGAAGAAGGUCGCAAGCUGGACGGUCAGAGCCGCAUCUUCCAUCAAGAUGCUUACUGCGAACUUUGUGAUCGUGAAUUUUGCAACAAGUACUUUCUCAAAACCCAUAAAGCAAAUAAACAUGGGAUUUUUGACAGCGCCUGUUCACCAUUUUCUCUGGCAUCCUUGGGAAAUGGCAUGAUUCUACCUCAAGAUGGCAGUUUAGGAUCAGUUCCAACCUCCUCUCCAGUUUCACAGUCCUUGCCCCAACCACCUAUUUCGUCCAUGUCCUCCUUCAAAGUGAUGGAUUUCAUUCAGAGCCUGCCAGCUUCAGAACCUCCUAAGACAACCAAAGUGGAUUCAAUGACUCCUAUCAAGGGAGAAAACUUACCUCCAGUCAGCACCCCUGUAUCAUCCACAAGCAAUACUCAGCCACCAACUCCAUCCACAUCUAAUUCCACUUCCACUCCCAAGGUUAGCAAGGAUAUGGAAGACUUCUGUGAAUUAUGCCAGAAGCACUUCUGUAACAAAUACUACCUCAAGAAACACAAGCAAGAUGUCCAUGGAAUUGCUCCACCAGAUGGUUCCGGCUCCAGCAGCAAACGAGGAAGACAGAAAGACUUACAAGCUCAACUGGAUGCCAUCAACUCUGCAUCAGUAUCUUCCAACUCACCCCUUAUACCUCACUCACUUCCAAACAUGACAGGAUUGCCCAACAUGCCUGGAGUCAUGGUGCUGAACCCCUUCAUGGCUCCUAUGCUCCUUCCUACAGGGUCCCUCAUGCCAGGGUCACAGAUUCCUACACCACCCAUGAUGUCUCAGCCACUCCCAACUUCUUCUCACCAUGAUUCUAUUACAACUACAGCAUCCCAAGCCAUCUCUAGUCAAGCUUCUCCAGGGUCUACUCCAAAAGACUCCAACUCCAUGAAUCAGGAAGCCUAUUGUGAGCUCUGCUGUAAAGAGUUCUGCAACAAAUAUUUUCUGAAGGUUCACAAAGCAAAUAAACAUGGAAUCUUCAUGGAUGACUUCCCAUUCCUUCCAGGGAUGCCAGGAAUGCCUCCAUUUAAAUUUCCAAUGAGCGAGGGAAUGCUGUCAAUGAACCCGGACAAACCGCUAUUCUCCAUGUCGGGAAUGGAAGGCAAGAAUCCAAUCAAAUCAGAACCUAGUCCCAAGCAGGGAACUUCCCUAGUCUCCUCAUCUAGUCCAGAAAACUCUGUUACAUACUGUGGAUUGUGCAAUCAAGAAUUUGCUAGCAAGUAUACAUACAAAAUUCAUCGUAUCCAAGUUCAUGGCAUGCUGAAUGAGGGUCUUGAUGCGUCUAUCACCGAUGAAAUCAUCAGAAAUUCCUUCAGAGAAAGAGAAGAGUUCUUCAGAUAUGCAAUGAGAGAGAAGGAGGAGGCCUCCAAAAUAUCACCAGGAUCAAGAAAUGGAGAUGACAAAGAGAACGAUACAAAGAUUACCGAUCACGGGAUGACCACCAUGUUUGGAAAUAUGGUUGCUGCCAAGCUUGCUGACAGAGUCACUUGUGACAUUUGCAAUAAAGACCUGUGCAAUAAGUAUUUUCUCAAAGUUCACAAGUUCAAAGUGCAUGGAAUUGAAUCUUCUACCCCAGACAACAAGUUUGAUCCCAGUCGCAUUGCCAAACAUCAGCUAACAGGAGACUUUGAACUCAUCAAAAAUGCAGUGAAGCAAGAGCCAAAAGAUGUUCCUAGUCAGAGUCCAAAAUCUCAACCUAAGCCAGAUAGAAUGAAAGAUUUUCCCCAGUUAAGUCCAAAAAUGCCACCCUUUAUGCCAAUGCCUAUGAUGUCCAGGCCAAUGGAAAUGCCAAGAGACAAAGCAAUGUCACCAAGUACCAAUGUUGAAAAACCAUCCAACCAAGAGUUGGUUAAAAUGGGUAUCGACCCAGAGGCCUAUUGCGAAAUAUGCAAGAAGGAAUUCUGCAGCAAGUAUUUCCUUCGAACACACAGACUUAACAUCCAUGGCAUUUCAACUCCAGAAACCCAAGUCACCCCUGGUAAAAUCAGUCCAAUGCUCUUCCAGCAGUUCAGCAACAUGCCCCUGAAUUUGAGCAUGAACAGUGGCAAAAAGAAGAAUGGAUUUGAAAAACACUCCUGGAGAUGGAAGGAGCCGAUGAACUCUCACAGAGUCAGCUGUGAUAUUUGUAACAAGGAAGUCUGCAACAAGUAUUUCCUGCGCACACACAAGUUGAAUAAACAUGGAAUCUUGCCUAGUGAGAACUCCUUGUCCCCAUCUACCUCAGAUAUUGAUACCCAGAGCAACUCUUCAUUGCCUACGGAUCUCAGUCUGCAUGAGAGAAUGCCGCAAAGUCCACAGGCUGUUAAACUGGACAGCAACAUGCACGGAGUGCAAGGAUUUGAUGAGAGAAGGUUGAAACUUGGAGACACUCCAGAUUCUAGGAUGAAUAUUGAGGAAGAGAAGAGAUUUUACAGUGAAGUCUGUCAUCUCUGUGAUCGACGUUUCAAGAGCCAAAAGUGGUUGAGUGCCCACAUCAUGAAAGACCACAUUGAACCAGGAGUAUUCACUCCAGAGAUGCGCGAAAAAAUGAUGAUUGCUGGUAUGGAUCUUUGCAUAGACAAGAAAACUUGCCGAAUCUGUGAGAAGUCUUUCCCGAGUGAGCUCUCCAUGCAUCUGCACAUGAUUCAAGAGCACAAUGCCCAGGUCAGUCUAAAUACAGAAGAGAAGCCACAGCCAAGCGUCAAACACAGGUCCAGCCUUGCGAGACAGAGGUUUGCUAUGAAGCGAAGAUUUUCAUUUACCACCAAACAGAAACUUUACAAUUGUGCUAUUUGUGACUAUAAAAGUAAGUGGCUAAACAAUGUGUGUAUGCACGAAAUCAAGGAACACAGAGUGCUUAAAUUCAAAAACAAAUCAGGAGUGAAGAAGACCAUCAAAAGAGCAGCGAAAAAUGUGAAGACGUACAGAUGCACAAAAUGCAACCUGAAAUUUGCAACACCAAUCAUGUGUCAUCUGCACAUUCGUGAGGAGCACAUUCGAACCAAAAAUUUCCGUGUCAGCAAAAGGCUACCAAACACUCGUCUGAACUGUAAAUUCUGUCCCUUCUCAACCUUGUUCUCCAAGCAACUUCGUCAUCACAUGACCCGUGUCCAUAGUGACGGCCGCUUCGAAACGUUCGAAAAUGAAAACAGCUAUGACUUGGAUAACGCAAUGGCUGUUGAUGAUGACUCUCGCAGUGAAAAUUUCCAGUUGUUCACAAUUAAAGACUGCUCAUUGGAAGCCGAUUUCCGUUCGUCGAUGGCCGUGAAACUUCCUGUUCGGCACCGCAUGACAGACCCAGUCACUGUAACCUUUCAUCUAACACCAAUGGAACAGUAAGAAAUUGUUGUGUCAAGAUAUUAUUGUAUCAUGUGUUCAUGUGUUUAUCAUGUGAUUUAUUUGGUCAUUGAAUAUGUCGUAGAGUGGUUUUUUUUUUUAACAUGGUACAUAUAAUUCAUGAAUUAGUGACCUUACCAUUUUUCAUGGUUUUUUAUGCCAGGAAAGACUCAGUGUCAAUGAUAUUUUGCAAAAAUAAGAUCAGUACAUUUUUUUCUGUUAAUUUUUUCCCCUUGUUAUUAUAUAUUUCACCUAUAUAUACAUGUAUGUAUACUGGUAAAGCUGAUGUGCAAUCUAAGUAUUUCUGUUAAGGUUACUUACGUUUAUUUAUUUUGUUAUUUAUUGUUAUUUUGUUGAUAAAGAAAGGAGAAAACUCAGCCCCUCUGCAAUCAUUCUUCUUGUGUUAAAGUUUCACCCUUAGUUCAUAUGAGUCAGUUUCAAAAUUAUUUGAAAUUUUUACGUCAAUUAAUGCGGCAGCACUAAGGGAUGGAAUUUUAAUAUGAGUUUUCCCUUUCAAAAGAGAUUUUUUUUUUAUUUUACCCUGGGGGUGUCAGUAUUAUUGCAAUAUUAAAUCAAACUUGUUUUUAGUUGAUAUGCACAUAAGUAUUAGAGAAUUUUUUAGUUCUAAUUUUUUUUAGUACUAAUGAUAUUCACAUUGAUGUACUGAAUUUGAUAAAGAAUAAUGCAAUCGUGAUUUUUUUAUGAAUAUAUAAUAAUUAUCAUGAUUUAAAUGUUCAUUCCUUUGAAACAAGUCAUAGGGAAAAUAUUGCCCCGUACUUAGCCCUGUACCAUAGUCGAUGUAUUUAUUGUGUAGAUAACUUAACCUAAGUGUAAUACUGUGUCCGUUCUAACCACUGUACAGAAUUUUUUUAUAGCGUAAAUUAAAAGAAAAUCAGGGAACAUUUUUUUCUUUCAACAGCUAUUGAGUACUGAUUAUGAAUAUAUAUAUAUAUACAUGUGUGUGUUCGUGUGGAGAUUUUGUUUGUGACAUAAUAUUAUUUAUUAGGUAAUGUUUUUCCCUUGAUGAUUAUGAAUAUGUGUUUGUGUGUGAUUUACACACAGUACUUAGCAUAUUAUUUACACACUUUUUACCACCAUGUGUUACGUUCUUGAAACAGUGAAAGUACUUUUUAAAAUAGGGGGCAUUACACACAAUGUGCAAUUAAUGUGUGCAUUUUUUUUUUUUUUUGAUGGUACACAUUUUAUUGUGUACGUGCAUUACUUGAUAAACGUUGUUACACAGGUCUUCAAUCAAAAGAAAUGUAGAUAUGAAGAAGAAAAAAAACUCAUGUGACAUGUUAUAGUACAUAUUGUCUUGAUAGGUGGUCAAACAUACACAAAAAAAACACAACAAGACAACACCAGCCAUGUAAAGUCAAAUAGUUAAUGGAAUCGUUUGUGGGAGACCUCGUGCAAGUCUUGCCAAGAAUUAAGGGUGAUAUGAUAUUCUUCCAUGACCACUUGUAAAUACUUUUUUGAUUUACAAAACUUCAUUGCCAAAAAAACAGACAAAAAAGAUGUUCAAUGUUCAGAAAAUGAACAGAUAUUUGUUAUAAAUUGAUUGACUAUUCCACAAUUUGAUCCGAUUUGUAGGCGUGACAGGAACAUUUAUUUCACAAUCAAAUCUCAAAUUGUCCUUAUUCAGAUCGUUGUUAUCAGUAAUAUAUUUGACGUGUUUGGUGUUUGUAUUUAUUUUUUCCGUGUAAUCUCUGUUUGACUUGUGUGGUGUUUUUUUCUCUGGAUUGGUUGAUCCCGUUUUUUCCUUUCAUUCCUAGCGUAUUUCCAGGAUUUGGGGCAACGGUGUAUAUAUAUUGCACCCAUUUCCAUCUAGCUUUGUGGUUGAAGUGAAAUUCUAUAUAUUUUUGAUAUGCCAUUGCGUGGCUCUUGUUUUUAUCAGCUAACCAUAUAUAAUCCUGUUUGACUUUUUUUUUAUGUAGGAGAGUUCUUAUUCAGUAGAUGGACAUGCAUUUGAUCUUAUAUUUAUUGUUGAAACCAUGGUUACUUUUUUUUCCACCCAUUUUGGAAUAAAUUUUGUUUUUUGUAGGUUCAUCAUUUUUUUUAAUUUCUUUAUUAUUUUUUUUAGGUCAAUAAGGUAAUUUGUAGGACUAGGUACAGAACCAGUGUUGCUUUAUUUUUCAUCAGGUAGACACUUGCGAUCAAUUCUAAAUCGGGAAAUUGUCAUUUUAUUAUAAACGUCUAUGUAUUGAUUCAUUACCAAGCAAAGCUUGUUUUAAUUUAUGUAUUCAAAUUAAAUAAGUUUGUCUUAACAAACAGUUCAGUCUCUUCUAGACAUAGUUAAAAAUGAUUGAUCUUCAAAUAUGGUGUGAUAACUUUUAACAUAAAUCAGAACUUCAUUCAAAUAGUUUGAAUAUUUGAAUAAGUUUGAAUUAAUGGGAUUUACAUCAAUUAACAUACGAUUUAUUUUCAUCCCAAUUCUUUUUUAGCUUUGAAGAAUAUGUCAAUGAAAAAAAGGCUUUGUUUUCCAGCUAUAAAUUAGAAAUAUCGCAAGCCCUUUUAUUUUAAAUCUGUACUUAAUUAAAGUGAUUGGAUGAUUCAUUGUUUAUGAACACUUAAUCUUUCUCUCCUUUUUUUAUUGAUCAACUGAAAUUAACAAAGACAAAAAAAAUUUGCUUAAAAGAAUGUUAUUUACUUUCAACCCAGCCAACAACUCAUCAAUGAGUUCAUUUUAAAGGUUUUAGUAAUCGCUGAUCAAUGACUUGAUAAAUUAGCAUCUUGCCUCGGUUGUAAUUCACAAUUCCUACCACUUUUUUUCAAACUUUUAUGUGUUAGCAACAGCUGUUUCAUCUACAGUUUUUUUUUCUUUUUCUCCCAUUUAAAAUGAUUCAUAUUCACCUACACUAAUAAUUUGUAGCAUUUUUCACAGAAAGGUUGCCAAAAAAUAUGAAACAAAAAUAACCAUGCAAGCUUCACAGACAGCAUUGGUUUCUGUACCAUGAAUAUUUUUUUUUUUUACUCUAUAGAUAUGUUAUUUUUUUAUUUAUUUCAUAAAAAGAAGUUUAAAACCAUUGUCACAGACAUAUUCCCCCAAUGCUAGUCAAUUUUUAUUUUAUUGUCGCAUUCCUUGGCACAAGGGUGGGCCCCUCUGAUGGAACUACCUCGCACCAUUUCGAUUUUCCCACCAUGGAUAAGGAAAAUUGUAAGAAAACGUGAAAUUAAACUAGUCAUAACUUAUAUAUUUCGUAGUGGCAUAGUCUGAAUGUAUUUUAAUGUACAUAAAUUAUACAAUGUAUAUGGUAAUUAUUAAGUGUUUGUGUUAAUAUACCCUUUUUUUAAGAUAAUAAUGAUAUGAUACGGGUUAACCCUUGUCCAAAUGGGAUUAGGGAUAUUUUUUUUUCUUAAUGAAUGCAAAGAAAAGGUGAUUGGGAUUUUUCACCAUUAAAAGUCAAUAUCUAUCAACUUUUGGUUUGGUAUUAUUGAGAUUGACUCUCACUUUAAUACCUAAAUUUUUGUUUUCAAUUUGCUUAAUUUUGAUACGUUUCUCAGCUAAUCUUCAAGCCAUCUUGCCAUUAGUUAAGUUUUAUUUCUGUUAAUGAAUCUAUUGAAACUGAUUUGCAAUCUUAACCCCUAGGUGGUUGAAAAUUAUCAAUGUCGAAGGAUCAGUUGGACUUUAUUAAGUAGAUUAAGUAAUGUUUUGUUGUGUUUUUUGUCCAUUCUAUUUAUUUCGAUUUCCUGUAAAAGGGGAAUAUGUUGACAUUCAUUUUGUUACCAGUUACCAUGGUUUUUUCUCCUGUCAUUUUGAUUUGGUUGACUAUCUUUGUAUAGUGGAGUGAUUUUUUUUUUUCACCAGCGCACCGUCCUAUGAUGGUGUUAUGUAUGCAAUAAACUUGAAAUGUUUAAAA